CGUAACACGCUUCGUGCAACUAUAUAUUUAUAUUAUUAUUUUGUAUAUUUACCGACGACAAUGGUCUUUGAACUAUUUCUGAAGUGUGUAGGCGCGUACGUCUUCUGUCUGUAUAUCAUAGAUUCAAUGUGGAGUGUCGUGGAACUCAUUAAAUCUUAUUUAAUGCCGUAUUUCAAUCGAGGAGAUGGUCCUUUGUGGGAGAAAUAUGGACAAUGGGCUGUGGUAACGGGGUGUACGGAUGGUAUCGGCAAGUACUAUGCGUUGGAGCUCGCUAAGAAGAACAUCAACAUUGUGCUGGUCAGCCGGAACCCUGACAAGCUGCAGCAUGUCGCUCGGGAAAUUGAGAAGCACGGUGUUAAGACAAAGAUAAUAGUAGCUGACUUCAGCGAAGGUCCUGACAUAUACCAGCACAUCGAAGAGGAGUUAAAGGGUAUCGACGUUGGAAUACUAGUUAACAACGUGGGAGUUCUUUAUGAGUAUCCAGUGCCGUUGUGCGAGAUGCCACCCAGCAAGGUGUGGGAGAUGGUUCACGUGAACGUUUUGGCUGUGUCCAGCAUGUGUCGCAUGCUGCUCCCGGGAAUGGUGACGCGGGGGAGGGGCGCAGUGGUCAACAUGUCAUCAGCCUCCGAAAUGCAAUCUAUGCCCUUUUGGUCGGUCUAUGCAGCUAGUAAGGUGUACACAAGAAGUUUCACGCACGCAAUCCGUGAAGAAUACGCACCACAUGGCAUUUAUGUGCAACACUUGUCACCAUUCUUCAUAUCCACAAAUAUGGCAAGGAACUACCCCAAGAGACUGAUGGAACGAAGUCGCUUGUUUCCUGAUGCGAAAACGUACGCCCACAGUGCUGUCAAUUUCCUCGGCAGAGUUCAUAACACAACGGGUUUCUGGAUACACGGUAUAAUGUAUACCAUCGCCAAACUUGCACCGGAGUGGGUCAGGAUGCACUUUGCAAAUCUAAUGUUACAUAAUUUCCGAAGUGUAUAUAUGAAUAAUAACAUUGCUACGUUAAAAUGACUGUCAUUGAUAUUUUUCACCAUAUUAUGUUUAAAAAUAAACGAAUUCUAUAUGCCGUGAGAAAAA